AAAUCAAGAAGUAGGAAUUGUAACAAAGACUUAGUAAGCAGUCUGAUUGGGACACUUUUUGCCAUUGAGAUGAAUUGGAAAAUGUGUCCCAGUCAACCUGAAUUCACCUUAAAUUCCAUGUAGAGUUCAGACAGUGACUGAGCGACGGCGUAAAUACUGGAUGAGUGUAAACAAGACAUCAGCUGAUAGAUCAUAUACUGCACCAACCCGUAGAACAUCAGGCCCGGCAUCCGCUGAGGAAUAUUGCUGUUGUCCUGUCUCGGAAAUCCAGUGUAACUGGAGACUCGGACACUGAUGGCGGCGCACACUAUUGAAUUAAACAGAGCCGCCGGACUGGAGGCUUCUCACAGUCUGGGUCUGUCACCUGCCCCUCUGAACAUGAACCAUUAUGCCAAUAAGAAGAGUGCGGCGGAGAGCAUGCUGGAUGUGGCCCUGCUGAUGGCUAACGCGUCGCAGCUGAAGGCCGUGCUGGAGCAGGGGCCCGAAUUCACCCUGUACACGUCCCUCAUCACGCUCAUCAGCCUGUCGCUCUGUCUGCAAGUGUUAGUGGGGAUCUUGCUCAUCUUCAUAGUGAAGUGGAACCUGAACGAUGAGCAGAAACAUCUCCGGCUGAAUGUCUUAGAGAACAUCACAACAGGCUGUAUCUUCAUCAUCGUUGUCAUUAACGUCUUCAUCACUGCGUUUGGAGUUCAGCGGCCCAAUCCAGGCGUGUGACAGUAGCUCAAACACUGCCAGAGCCUGAGACUAAAACACGGCUGUCCUGUUGUGUUACACUUCUCUGGAUGGAUGGAUGAGAACAGGGAGCUGUGAAGGCAUUUUAUACAGCCUUUUAUACAGCAGAUGAUCUACAUGCAGAGCUCAAUAUCUAUUUCAUUUUCAUUGCUCUCAUCUCUAUCAAUGUCACUUUCAAUUAUUGUGUCCAAAAAUUUGCAUCUCUUAAGGGCCGUUCACACAGAACACACUAGUUGAACUUUGUUUAAUUUGUGCGCUGCGCUUGUUUAGAUCUCCGUGUCACGCGCGAGACUGCAAAAGAUGAAAGACACGAGUGCAGCAGUCAAAGACGUUCAUCUAUCAUGUUUACAAAGACAAUAAAAAUAGAAAAGCAGUGCGGUGUAAUGUGUGAACAGCCCUUUAUUCUGCUCUCCUCUCAGUUUACAGCCACUGAGCAAGAAAGUUAGGAAAGUUUUACCCCUGUCACAUGACCAGAUGAAUACUACUUUAUUUUGGUUGCAGAAUAAAGUCUUCAAAGUCUUGAUGUUGUUUUUGGGCUCUACUUGAAUGUUCAUUAUUUUCCUCAUAUUCUCCAUUGUUGCAGCUCCUUUCUUCCCAGUCUCUCUCUCUCUCUCUCUCUCUCUCUCACACACACACACACACACACACACACAAAAAGCUACUGCUGUAACACAUUUCCAGUCUGAUGAUCUGAUGCUGACCUCUGUUGGCACAUUAGUGUAUUUAAACGGACAGCUGUACAUGCAUUGUGAAUCUAUUGAAUACAAGCUAAACAUUCAUACAUGAAGCUUUUACUGCAGCAAGAAAAGCAUUUUUGUUUAAUUUUUGCUAUUAUUGUUCAUAACU